AUGUUAAAAUCAAGUAUUAUUAUCUUUUCUAUAUGUAUCCAUUUUAUAAUUGCUCAACAAAAUGUUAUUGAUGAUCGAUAUGGAAAUCGAAUUCCACAACAACCACAAUAUUUUGGUGUUGGAUAUGGUAUGAAUCUUCCAAAUAAUAAUAAUAAUAAUAAUAACAAUAAUAAUAAUAUGAACAAUAUCAAUAACAACAACAAUAAUAAUAACAAUAACAAUAACAAUAAAGAUGGUCUAGUUGACGAAUUUGGUCAAUGUGGCGGUCUUGAUUGGGAAGGUCCAAAAACUUGUCAAGCAAAUUUAAUUUGUUUGAAACGUUCUAAAUAUUAUUCACAAUGUUUAUCAGCUGAAGCAGCUGCAGUUGCAACUCGACCGUCACCACAAGUUAUUCCACCUGGUGGUAAAUGUCAUGGUGGAAAUAUUCGUGGUCCAUUUGCUUGUGCUAUUGGUACAGCUUGUUUUAUUCAAACAGAAAAUGUUCAUGGUGAAUGUAAACCACAUUGUCCACAAGGAUGGUUUUGUGCGAAACAAACAUUACCUGAAUGGGCACCAUGUGGUGGAGAAAAUUAUGUUGGUUUAACAAAAUGUAAAGAAGGUCUUCAAUGUUAUCCACAUUCAAGAUGGUAUCAUGAAUGUCGAUCAGAAUGUCCUGAAGGAUGGAAGUGUUAA